AAAGGUACUUGGGUACUUGGUGCUGCCCCUUCCACCCAUCUUCCUCCCUCCCAUUCCGUCUUCCCACCUCAUACGAGAAAAAGAAGCCUUGCUUUGGCGACAACGACUGCAAUCCUCCCUUCUUACCGUGCCUCGAGCUCUCUCCCACGCCCUUCGUAUCUGCGUACGCGCUCGCACAGAAUUCGCCAUGGCCGGCCGUCCGAUUUACAACGCUAUCUUCCGAAACAACUACACUAUGCUCGGCGUCGUGUUCGUCUCGGCCUUCGCCUUCGAGACGAUAUACGACAGCACCAUGAACAGGAUCUGGGAUAACAUCAACAAAGGGCGACAAUGGAAGGACAUCCGGUCCCGAUACGUCGACGAGGAAUAGAUGACGCCGGUCGAGCCGUGAGGUGGGAAACGGGGAGAUAAGGGGCAGCGCAGAAGUCAGCGGCGGUCGACGACGGCGGGAUUGCGCACUGCGGGAAAAUCAAAAACUGCACGACUGUAUGUUACCGGCGGAAGAAGAAUAUGACGCAGCCCACGCCAAUCUGCAUGGAUGAUGUACGCCCGUCCCCGCCCGCGAUAGUGAUUUGAUAGACCGUAUCUAGGGGCAUUGCACCCCGGACGUAACCUGCCUGUGGUGAUGAUCGAUAUGGGUAAACUCCUGGAGUAAAUUCUGCACUCGUACGAGAUCCUACGCUACGCAUGUAGGCUCGGAGGCUUCAUCAUGGCCGGCGUCGUUUGUAAGCAGCGGCGGCAUUAGAAAUCUAGCACCCGGCCUUUCUCGCUCACCUCCUAGAGACCUACCUAGGUCUUGGAGACGAACCGCCGAGGCUGCUGACACAUGAGGGGGGAAGGGGGGGGAGAGAUAUCUACCCGUUGAUAAGUCGCAUGCCGGUCGGCCAGCCUACCUACCUACUUACCUACCCCUAGGUGCGUAUGCACGAACGGCCUUGACUUGACUUCCGCGGGGGAGGGGGGUAUAGAGGUGAUGUUAGGUGGCACAGAAGGCCGCCUAAGUUAACUGGGUAGUAUUGUUAUUAUCAUUAGUU